AUGGUCAAGCGGAAAUCUACAGAAGCACUUAACGGAAGUCCAGCAAAAAGAGAAUCCCCAAGAAAGACACAGAAAAGCGGGAAAGGAACCAUGACAUCCACCACGCCAUCGCCAAUCCAGGAGAAUCUAGUCGAGAAGAAUGAAGCGUAUGGGAAGGCCUUCACGAAAGGCCACUUGGCGCUGCCACCCGCGAAACAUUACGCUAUAGUGACAUGCAUGGACGCACGUAUCGAUCCCGCAGCCGCAUACGGCAUCGACCUAGGCGACGCGCACGUAAUCCGCAACGCGGGCGGUAGCGCCGUCGACGCACUGCGGUCUCUAGUCAUCUCGCAGCAGCUGCUGGGCACCAAGGAGAUCCUGCUUAUCAAGCAUACCGGAUGCGGGAUGCUGACGUUCGACACGGAGACUGCGACGGGGAUUGUGGAGAAGAAUCUGGGGGAGGCGGGACUGAAGGAGCUGAAGCGGUUUGUUGGUGGGGAGGGGAAGUUUCAGGAUUUCCCGCAUUUAGAGAGCGCGGUGGAGAGUGAUGUGAAGUUGUUGAAGGAGAGUAAAUUGAUUCCGGAUGAGGUGGUUAUUUCGGGGUGGGUGUAUGAGGUUGAGACGGGGAAAGUAAGGAGGGUUGUUUGA